AUGUGUGUAACCUUGAAGGGUCAUUGGCGAGGAUUUCGUGAAACUUGGUCGGUUCUGGGCGAGUUUAUGGGAUCGGAAGAGCGAGCAAGCGGAGAGUGUGUAUGUGUGACAGGCAAGAAGAAAGGCAAUUCUACUGCUGUCGAGUAUCUCCUCGGUGUGCGCGCAUUAUUGUGGCGCGCACGAGAGAGGGAGGGCGGGAGAAAAGGAGGAAUAGACAAAAGCAAAAAGGCGUGA